AUGGCCGUCAAAACGGAUAUGAGUAAGGCAUAUGACCGUCUCGAAUGGGAUUUUAUUGAAGAUGUCCUCUUACAACUCGCCUUCAACCCUACUUGGACCAAUCUGAUAAUGCAAUGCAUAAGAACCGUUUCCUAUUCGUUUCUCAUCAACGGGUUGGCUCAGGGACUAGUCAAACCGCAAAGAGGCAUUAGACAGGGAGAUCCCCUCUCACCUUAUAUCUUCAUCUUGUGCAGUGAAGUUUUGUCAGGGCUCUGUCGAAAGGCGCAAGAAGAGAAACGACUGCAAGGCAUUCGGGUAGCUACACACUGCCCCAGCAUAAAUCACCUCUUCUUCGCAGACGAUACUCUCUUCUUCUGUAGAACCAACCCAAAAAACGUCUCAGCCCUCCUAAAGAUCCUCUCACUAUAUGAAACAGCCUCAGGACAACGAAUCAAUCCACUAAAGUCAGGUAUAACUUUCUCCCACCAAGCUCCCCUAAUGCUCAAAGAAAAGAUUAAAACAGAGCUGGGAAUUGAGAAAGAGGGAGGGGCAGGGAAGUAUCUUGGUGUGCCUGAACAUUUUGGCCGGAAAAAACGAGAUCUGUUUACUUCCAUUGUGGACAGUAUCCGUCAAAGGGCGGUUAGAUACUCUACAAGAUAUCUAUCUCCUGCGGGCAAGAUGACUCUCCUAAAGUAUGUACUAGAAGCUAUACCAAACCACACUAUGCAAUGCUUCAAACUGCCGCAAUCCCUUUGUAAAAGAAUCCAAUCUGCUCUUACACGUUUCUGGUGGGAUCCGAAGGCAGGAGAUCGCGGUAUGGCUCUAGUAGCAUGGGACACAAUGGUGAAAUUUAAAAGCGACGGAGGCUUGGGAUUUCGGGACAUACAAAGUUUCAAUGAUGCCCUGCUGGCCAAAAUUAGCUGGCGCAUUCUGACCUCGCCCUCAUGUCUUCUGGCUCGGGUACUUGCUGGGAAAUACUUCCAUGACCAAGACUUCCUCACCGUACAACCCCCAGCAGCAUGCUCCCAUGGUUGGAGGGGGAUACUAAUAGGUCGAGAUUUGCUUAAAGAACAUCUGGGUUGGGCAAUUGGUGAUGGCCAGAGUGCACUAGCGUGGCAAGACUCCUGGUUAUCUGAUCUCUCCGGCGCCCCUAUGGGACCAAUACCUGAACUCGAGUCAAGUCUGAAAGUUGCUGAUCUACUCCAAGCACAACCACGGAAUUGGGAUGAAGGAAAAAUUAAUCACCACUUUCCGCUUAUCUCUGAAUCUAUCAGGUCUAUCAAACCGAGUAAAUGGGGAGGUGCUGAUAAACGAAUCUGGCGCAAGAAAGCUUCAGGAAUCUACACUGCAAAAACUGGAUACUAUGCUGCGCUAGAGAAAAACAAACCAGACAUUCCAGUAGCCCAAGAAUACUCCCAUGAUUGGAUUAAAGAUUUGUGGAGUGUAAAGAUGGCACCUAAACUGAAGCUACUCCUAUGGAAAAUCCUACAUGAUGCCCUCCCUGUUGGAGAACUCCUGGUUGCAAGACAAAUCCUUCCUACUGCUAAAUGUAUCAGGUGUGAGGGCUCUGAUUCAAUUCUACACCUAUUCUACCAUUGCCCCUAUGCACAGAAGGUAUGGAAAUUGGCACCUUAUGCGGGAGACCUCGAUGCUUUACAAGUAUCCUCCUUUGAGAUGGGCUGGAGAAGGGCUCUGAAUGCUGCUGUCCUCCCUCCUAUUGGGCUUAGUGAUUGCCAUCUUGCUCCAUGGAUCAUUGCUUCUAUCUGGUCUGCAAGGAAUCUUCUCGUAUUUCAAAAACGAGAAUUCACAGCUCAGGAAACGAUUACAAAAGCCAUCUGUGAUGCAAAAGAAUGGAAGGAAGCCCAACCUAUUAGUACACCCAGAUGUAGCAAGCCACAGACCCCCCAAACCCCAAUAACUGAAGUCAUUUGCCGGUCUGAUGCGGCUUGGAAGAAGGAGCUUAAAGCUGCGGGUCUCGCGUGGACCUUCAGCGAUGUUCGGAAUGAGAGAUUUUUCUCUCACAGUGUUACUUGUGCGCUUGUGAUCUCGUCUCUCGUGGCGGAGGGACUAGCAAUGCGUUCGGCGAUGGAGCAAGCUAUCGACCUACAGCUGAGGAAGGUGACUUUUGAGUCCGACUCUCUGCAACUGGUAUCUGCGAUCAAGGGAUCCACAUAUUUCUCUGAAAUCCAUGGAAUCCUAUCUGAUAUUCAUCUACUCUCGUCGUAUUUUGAUGUAAUUUCCUUUCGAUUCUGCCAUCGUGAAAACCUUAUGAUUGAGGAUGGUUUAGCUAAGCAAGCCCUAAGAGGGUUUGUACCAAACCCGGUUUAA